CGUGAUGAUUCACGAUUUUUGGGCAUCAGAGCUUGAUCUUCCGUUUGCAUUCGAUUGGAUCUCCUGUUUUACUCCCUCAUUUAUGGUCGAAUCUUCACUCAUUCACCCAUUGAGCCAUUCUCUUUCAUGUAUCAUUAAUUCCGAGUACCUAAGAACGAUUCGACAUGCCAGCCCAAACCCCAUCUACUUGUCUGAGUGAGAAGCCUCACGAUAAUCGCGUCUCGGAUUUCGUCACGCACUUCAACAGUUGCUUGCCGGCCCGCAAACGACGGCGUUUCUACGAGAGCCUGCCACCGGAAACACAACAACGCAUCACACGCCGCAAUGAAAAGGUUCUCGAUCUGCGACAGCGUUUGGAAACGACGCAAUAUGACUCGACUGCAGGCGCGCGCUUGAGAGACUUCAAGCAGGCAAUGUCUCAAUGGAAUGCCGCCCUGGGCAGACCGCACUCCUCUUAUACUUACCAGCAAAGCCUUGGGUCUGAAUCCUGGCGAUCUCCAAAACUAUCCGAGUUUGGAAGGGCAGAUGACAGCGUGAACAGACACAUCAAGGCGCCCGUCAUCUACUUCAAGAAUGGACAGCCAUUCGAUGUACCUGGAUUGCCCAAAAGUUUCCCGGACCAGAAGGUCCCCAUGGCGGAUCUUCUGUCUGACGACAAGACGAACCCCAUCAUGCAACCAGCUGACGACGACGUUAUACGGUAUUUUCAUCUGCCUGCAAACAACAUGGUUUGGGUCGAGGAGAUCAUGGCGCGCUAUUAUCGCGAGAAACGGCCUGACCCGGACGAAUUCGCAUCGAACUCCAGGAGAUUGAAAACCAGGACCGAGUUGUUGCUGCGGCCCGAGUACUGGCAGGGUCAACAGAAUUUUGACGCUGACUCUGAGAUUCAUGCCCGGCAUAUGCGAUCUUUCUUUUCCACCAUCUCUAUCGACCCCUUCUCUUCCGAAGCGAACCCCAAGAAUUUCGCCUUGUUCCUAUCCUACCUCCACUGGGAGACUGAUCGUGGCAGAGCAAAGCUUGCUGAGAUUGCCAAGAACAUCAGCCAGAAUCACUUGACGUCAGUCUCUGAGGUUGUGGAUCAGGCCAAGCAUCAGUUCGAAACCCCUGAUACGAGUGUCCCCGCGUGGGCAUCACCUCCACUCCCCAUGGCCUCCCCAGUGCGCUCUAGUGUUGAGAAACGGAAGGCCCUCGGGCAAGUCUUGCGCGCGGCAGCUGCAUUGCUGGAGGCUAUGGACCUCCACACAGAGGAACAGCUCAUGAAAGAGUAUCUGCAUGCCCAACCGCCACUGCAUCCCAGGAGAACCCUGGACCAAGCCUACUAUGGCGCUUUGAGGAGCACGCGAGCUCGUGACCGAGAUCAGGUCGUAUACAGAGGCACGACUCCGGAGCCCCACAAUUGCAUAGGGAUGGACUCUUGUCCUCAGUGUAACGAGGAUAUCCGGAAGACACCACGCCUGAUCAUGGUCGAUCAGUUGUGGCUGUGGGUUCUGGAUGAGAGAACCGUGAUUACCAGCUUCCCGCGCAGAUGGGGCAGACACAAACCGGACCCUUCGGCAGUGCACAAGAGCAUUCGGAUGCGUCUCAAGAACGUGCGUCAGGGCGAGAUUGCAAACGUAUACGACCUUGCCCUCCUGAUUGUGGAUGAGACGUCGCGCGUCUUCUUCGACCGGACCAAGACGAACCAGAGACAGCCUAAUCUGGUUGAGCUGUUCAACGGGGCCAUUCGGGAUCUGACGUACAAGCAGACGGCAGCUUUUGAUCAGUUCUUGAUAUAUACACAUCUAGCGUCGCGGGAGUACAAACGGCAGCGAUACGCGUCGUUUGACAAUUCAAACCAAAACAAUCUGCUUAAUAUCAACCCGGAAGGAGAGCUGUUGAAGGAGGUGAAAGACGUUCAGGACGAACUAAAAAUAUUGAUCACAAUCAUGGAGCAGCAGGCAACCGUGACCAAGUUAAUGGUGAAGCAAAUCCGCCGAGAACUGGUGCCCCUUGCAUGCCCGAAACGCCCCAUCUCGUCUCAGAGCUCUGUGUCGUGGGAUGCAGAGACAGCCAGUGCCUAUGACAUCCCGAUUGACGACGAAUCGGAAGACCAGCGUCGCCAGAGCGCCAACCGUACUCUCCUCAGGGCCAACACCGUUCUGUCCGACCUCAAUGACCGCAUCUCGGAGCUUCGUAACCUGCUUUCCAACGCGCAGCACACCUCGGCCUCUCUCAAAGACCUCCUCACCCUAAAACAACAACAAGCCGGGGUAAUCGAAGCCCGCGAAGCCGUCAAACAAGCCCAGCUCACACUCAAACAAGGCCAGUCCAUCAUGAUCUUCACCGUCGUGACAAUCAUCUUCCUCCCGCUCAGCUUCAUCGCAUCCGUGUUUGGCAUGAACGCGCGCGAGUUCACCACCGACAGCCACAUGCCACUUUCUACCGAAUUCAAGCUCAUGUUCCCCGUCAGCGCGGCCAUCAUUGUCACGUCGUUUCUGUUUGCUUUCUCUCGGUCGGUGUUUUCGAAUAGUGUCGUGACGCUGGUGGGAAGUGCGGUUAGUUUUGCGUGGAAUACGGGGGUUACGUGGGUGUUGGUUAAGAGUGGGUUGUAUGUGCUGGGUAGGGAGUGGCAGGUGAAGGCGAAUCGGUUGAGGGAGAGGGAGGGGAGGGUGACGGGGAAUAUGAAGGCUGAGGUACUCAGGAGGGAGAAAAAUUUGGAGAGGAUGAGGGCUGCGGGGCAUGUGAGGGAGUUGGCGAGGACGAGGUCUGCUGGGGGGGUUGAUGCGGGCAGAGGAGAGCGGGCGGGGACGCCGUUUAGUCCGCCGUACUCGGCGAGCAUACCGGGCAGUCCGAGCCCGUUUUUGGCUACUAGUAGGAGCAGCAGUACUUUGUUUCAGGGAAAGGGAGUGGCGCCGGUGGGGGUUGCGGAGGUGGAUGUUGAGCUGGGCGAGCGGAUAUCGAGGAAGCCGAGUUCACAAAGGCAUCUUACCCUUCCGGGGUGAAACGUACACACCUGGCUGGGAAGGGACGAGGGUUCAGAUGGACGUCAAAACCAAGUGUCUUUGCAAGCGGCCAUGUGCACCCCCAACAGC